AUGGGAGGGCUGAUGUUUUUCUCUUAACUUGAAAUGAAGGGCUGUUGACCCAGAAAGAUAUUCUUCUAAACCUCCUAAAGGUUAUGUGAAAGCCAGAAGCUAAACCAAAUGAACAAACCAACAAAACUCUGGUUAUUCCUAUUCUUGUCUGUGAUCACUCUCGCAUUCUCUGCUACAUGCCAGAUGCAGCAGCCUGUUCUCAUGUGUCAGCCAUACUUUAGUCUCAUGUGACUUGGUCUAUGUAUGUAUGUUGUUGAAAUAAUUAACCUUUUAGCAUCCCCAAAUGCUUUACGUGUUUAUUCCUCUAAUUUUACAGUCUGUGAUUAUAGAUGUUAAGGAAACAUGAGGACGGAAGUGGGAAAACAGAAUAGAAAAAAGCCUUUGCAGUUAGUUGAGGUUUCUUGGAAUGGCUGGUUGCAUUUCUAUGCAGAAUCACACGUAGGCACCUCGGUGUAUAAUUUUGCUUUCUUUGGAUGUAUGGUGACUUCUGUUUUAAAGAGGAAAAAAUGAUACAGUAACAGAAAGAUGUGGUGCUAAUGGUAGCUUUACUACUUUACAGCAAUUUGUGUGGUUUUCUGUUUUUAACCGUAUUUCACCUUCUCACUUGAGUGUUAGCAAAGUGUCUGCCUGUCUGAUUCUGAAGAGGCUGGUAAGUUGAGCAAAAAUUUUCAAACCAAACUGUGUGGCCUAUGUUGGGCUUACAUCAGUAGUAUUUUGGGACAGUUAAUCAACUGUAUUUUAAGAAAAACAGAAAAUAAAGCCUGGAAUUCUAUAAGCAGUAAUUUAGAGGCAUGGAGUGGCUGCUGAAAGGAGCACUUUCAAUUUUAUGUUGAGCUUUGUGAGGGGAAUAAAAUUAGUUGUACCUGACGAAAAGCAGAACAGCCUGCUUGCAGGUAAACAGACCUGAAGGAAAAUGAGCACAACGCAACCUCCAGCAGGUACCACCAGGGUUGCUGACUGGAGUGUAAGAAGCCGCUGGAGUCUAUUUUAUGUAUCCUGAAGUGGGACUUGGCGGGGAGAGGUGGCACAGGAGAAGUGUGACAGUGCAAAGCAGGGGCCGUUCCAGAGCUGAUCCAGGCCCCCUGCAGCAGGGCUGGUCCCCUGAAAGCAGCCAGGGCACUGUGUGCUUUCUGUUCCUUCCACUCAUCCUUUAAUUCCUGUUUUUGAGCUGUGACUGAAGGGUCUCUGCUCGUGGGGUCCUGCAGGAAGUCUGCAUAAGGUUUUAGAGAGGAUGGAUAUUCGAGAUGCUUCUUCGGAAUUCUCACUUCUGCUCCAUAAACCAGCUUUUACAAUCAAAGCUUGCAGCAGCUGUGCUAAGCUAAGCUUUAUGAGGAAGCAGAGUAACCUUUUAGGAGGGUGACGUUCGUUUUGAUUUUAUAUUCCUCUGUCAUUUUAUAGCCAAAAGAGGGAGAAAAGUCAUACGAAAGUCGACGCGAGACGCGGCCGAGCUGCCCCGCAUCUGCCGCGCUGCCUCCCGCCAUCUUUGCCCCCCGCCGCCGCCGGCCGAGCAGCCGUUAACGGUCGGGGAGAGAAGGCGCGCGGCCGUCCCGCCCCCACCACCAACGGCCGGUGACGGCCUGAAGCGCCGCCUCAGCGCUUCUGAGGCCGUUUGGCGGGCGGCACAUUCUGUUGUGCUCCGGCCUCCCGCAGCGGCCAUGGGCCGCGCCGCCAUGCUUCUGCUGCUGAUAAUGAUAAUGAUGAUGGCGGCGGGGGGGGCGGCCGCGGGCGGCCCCGAGGUCCACAGCCUGCGGGGUAUCUGGCGGCUGGGCAACGGGAACGGCUCACUGUCGCUCCGAGGGGAGGUGCCGGGUUGCGUGCAUACCGCCCUGCUCCGCCGGGGCCUCAUCCAGGAUCCAUACAAUAGAUUUAAUGACGUGCUGUACAGGUGGAUCUCACUGGAUAACUGGACUUACAGCAGGACAUUCAAAACUCCUUUUGAUGUCAGAAAGUGGCAGAAAGUGAAUUUGGUUUUUGAGGGAGUAGAUACAGUAGCACACAUCCUGCUCAACAAUGUCACUCUUGGGAGAACAAACAACAUGUUCAACAGAUAUAGCUUUGAUAUUACCAGCAUGAUCAAGGAGGUCAAUUUUAUUCAAGUCCAUUUCAUAUCAGCCAUUUCAUAUGCUGCAGAGCAGAGCAGAUGUCACAAAGCAUACAGCGUCCCCCCAGCAUGCCCUCCACCUGUGCAGAAAGGCGAGUGCCAUGCUAAUUUCAUCAGAAAGGAGCAGUGUUCGUUUAGUUGGGACUGGGGUCCUUCUUUUCCUACUCAAGGAAUCUGGAAAGAUGUGAGGAUUGAGGCCUAUAACCAUUAUCACUUGAUUUACUUUUCUUUAACUCCUUUCUUUGUGAGUAGAGCUCAGCAGUGGAGUCUCGAAAUUGAGUCCAUCUUUAACGUAGCCAGCUCCAAGCCAAUUGCAGGUCUUGCAACUGUGAACAUUCCCAAACUGCAAACAGAGCAAACAUACAGUGUGAAGCUGCAACCUGGUGAAGGCAGUAUUGUGCUGCUUAUAAACAUCAGCAAGAACUCUACAGUAGAAACUUGGUGGCCAAAUGGACAUGGAAAACAAAUUGGAUACAAUGUGACAACAACUUUCAUCAUGGAAGGAGGAUAUCAGAUUGAGAAAAUUUCAAAGGCCUAUUUUCGGACAGUAGAACUUGUUCAGGAGCCUAUUCCUGGGUCUCCAGGUCUCAGUUUCUACUUCAAAAUCAAUGGCCAACCUGUUUUCCUGAAGGGCUCAAACUGGAUUCCAGCAGAUUCUUUCCAAGAUAGAGUGACCUAUGACACAUUAUGGCUACUCUUGAAGUCUGCAGCAGAUGCUAACAUGAAUGCACUUAGGAUUUGGGGAGGAGGAAUAUAUGAACAAGAUGAUUUCUACGAUAUUUGUGAUGAACUGGGAAUAAUGAUUUGGCAGGAUUUUAUGUUUGCGUGUGCACUGUAUCCAACCAACCAGGAUUACUUGGAAUCAGUAAGAGCAGAAGUUUCUCAUCAGGUAAGGCGGUUAAAAUCCCAUCCAUCGGUUGUUCUGUGGAGUGGUAACAAUGAAAAUGAAGCAGCGAUUGCAAGUAACUGGUUCUCCAUACCACAUGCUGACAGAGAAGUCUAUAUCAAAGAUUACGUGAUGCUUUAUGUGAAGAACAUCAGAGAAAUAGUUCUUGCUGAAGAUAAAAGUCGUCCUUUUGUUGUAUCCAGUCCUACCAAUGGUUUGGAGUCAAUUAAAGAGGGCUGGCUCUCUGAAAAUCCUUAUGACACGCAUUAUGGUGACACUCACUUUUAUGACUAUAGCAGUGACUGCUGGAACUGGUCAGUGUAUCCUAGAACUCGUUUUGCUUCAGAAUAUGGAUUUCAAUCCUGGCCAUCUUUCAGUACGCUGGAAAAGGUUUCCUCUGCUGUGGACUGGUCAUACACGAGCAAUUUCUCUCUCCAUCGACAACACCAUGAAAAUGGCAAUGACCAAAUGCUUCAACAGAUUGGAUAUCAUUUCAAGCUUCCCCUGACCACUGAUCCCAUAAAAAAGUUUAAAGAUACGAUUUACCUCACUCAGGUGAUGCAGGCUCAGUGCGUUAAGACAGAAACUGAAUUCUAUCGUUCUAGUCGAAGUGAAAUAAUCAAGGGAGAAGGACACACAAUGGGAGCUCUGUAUUGGCAGCUCAAUGACAUCUGGCAGGCACCUUCAUGGUCUUCUUUGGAGUAUGGUGGAAAGUGGAAACUGCUCCAUUAUUUUGCCCAAAACUUCUUUUCCCCACUGCUGCCUGUGGCCUAUGAAGAUAACGGCGUGUUGUACAUCUAUGGUAUCUCAGAUUUUCACACAGACCACAAGCUGACCUUGAAGGUCAUUGUGAACUCCUGGAGUUCUCUGGAGCCAGUAUGCACUCUUGCCAAAGAUGGUGUGACUGUUAAAGCACAAAGUGCUUUUUCCAUCUACAAGGAGUCCAUAAAUGCCUUGCUGGAAAGAUGCAGAAAUUGUACCAGGAAAAGCUGUGUUGUUUCUUUUUACCUUGUGGGAGAAGAUGGACUCCAGAGUCCAAUGAAUCAUCACUUCCUUUCAUCCCUGAAGGAUGCUGUAGGAUUGGAAAAGACACAACUUAGUGCCACUGUAUCGCAACAAGAUGAUGUCUAUAUAUUUGAUCUUCAGACUACUGCAAUUGCUCCUUUUGUUACUCUGGAUGUAGGGAAUAUAAAGGGCAGGUUUAGUGAUAAUGGUUUCCUCAUGUUGGAAAGGAAGAAAGUGGUUAUUUUUUAUCCUUGGGAGCCUACCAGUGUUGAAGAACUAGAAAAGUCGUUCACCUUGACAUCUUUGAUGGACGUUGCCUAAUGAUUUUGUUCUAGAUGACAAGACAGAGAGGAAAAACUGGGAAGAAUUUGACUGUAGUUGAGGUGACCUACAAGAUGAGAUGACUGAAUGUUUUGUUCUGUCAUGUGUGAAUUUUAACUGCUGGUUCAAUGUAAAGAUAGCAACAACACAGCUUGCUUAUAAUAUAUGUGGUGCAUUGAAAGUAAGGCUUUCUUAGGUAAUUACGUCCCACACAAAAUGGGAGGGGUUAGUUGGUGUAAGACUCUUCCAAUUCAUGUAAAAGAAAUUACUGGAUUGUAGUUCUCUCCUAAGUCAAAGAUAACACAAAUAUGUACCUCUAGACUGUGUUUGUAAAAAUAUAUAUUUUUUUCCACUUUCACAAUGCUAUAAGUAAAAAAUCAUCCUAGGAUUGCCAGAAGGUAAGGAGGAAGGUCAGGGAAUGAAGCUGAGACCACCUCCACAGGCCAGAAGAGUUGAACAGUGCAUUUUUUUCACCCACCUCCCUCUUAGAGUGGUUUGUUUCAUCUGCAAUAGUCCUUGCCCCAUUAAUCUGGUUGCUUGUGCAAGGCCUUAUUUGUGAGGCCAGGCUGAGGAAGGAAGCUGGGAGAAAGAAAGAAAGGGGGGGAGCACACUGUCGCACAGUGCUGGCUGCUGCUCUCUGUGUACCACUGCCUCAUUUAAGUUCCUCUGCAUGCUCCUCAUGGCAGUGGCAACAGGGGGCCUGGAGGUGUUCAAGAAGCAUGUAGAUGUGGUGUAUGGGACAUGGUUUAGUGGGCACGGUGGUCAUGGGUUGAUGGUUGGAUCUUAGAAAUCUUUUCCAACCUUAAUUAUUAUAUGGUUCCCAGACAGCUGCAGUCACAAACUUUGUUUGCUCAUGUGGAUUCCUGCUUAGUGUUGCAUGGUAUGAAGUGUGCCUCGCUGUGGGAAAAGAAUGAGAGAAAAGUUGGCAAAGGUGCAAAGAGAAAGGAAGCAACAGAGAAAAUAAAUGGUUAUUGAGAGGACCACAGAGUUAGAAUUUUCUCCUGUUUCUCUGCUAAAUGCACAGUGCAUUGCUUUUGAGUGGCCUGUACCUCACUCUGGGCCUCCUCUCCUUUCAGAGGAGUUGGCUUGCUUGUUUAUCAAGCAAAUUGUGUCAUAAUUCUGUUGUGGUGUGUAUGUUCUUAACCUCUUGUGUGUAUGUUACCUCCAUAAUGUUAUAUGGACAUAAUCAAAAGAAAACCUGAACAUCUUUGAUUUGUUUCUUUGUGUAUACCUUUCCUGUUGAAAACAUUACUUACUCAUGAUUAGAUCUGGGGGUCCAUUAUGUUUGUUAGUCCAUACAGAGUAACUGUGUAUCACCUUUUACCCUGUUUCUGAAUAAGUUGUUCUUAAAAUGUUUUGGCUUCCCAUGGAAAUGUCUCACUUAGGCAUUUAAAAAUAAGAAAAUAAAUGUGCUUCAGUGCAGGGGCUACAGCAGUCUGUGGAGAUGAUAGCAGAGGAUUUGGUCAUCUGGAAGUCCAGGUCAUUAAGCCGUGCCUCAGGCAGGUUGAUAAACAUCAACUUCUUCUUUCAGAUGUGAUUUGAAAUGCAGCUGAGAUCUUGCUGGGCUUCCAUGGGGAACCUGUUGCAGUGCAACCACAGCAUGCAUUUUCCUGUAUUUUUCUACUUUACAGUAGAAAGUGUCUGAACAAGCUGUGCUGGUGACAUCCACCUCUGAAGUGAAAGCACAAUGUAGAUGAUAUUUGCGGGGGGUGCUGGGUUAUGGAGUGCAUGCAGGGAAAACGAUUAUGUGUCACAUUGGUCAGUUAGAAAAACUGAAGUAAAGGGUUGCUUUGUUGCAGUGGCUGCAGUUCUAAUAGGCAAUAAAUAAACAUCUUGACAGGUGUUUGGUGAUCUGCAGCUGUUUUUGGAAUGGGUCAUUAACCAAAAUGAAGAGAGUCCUGAGGAAAAGAAAAAACUUGAAUGUGGAAGUAAAAUGAUUAAUGGAAUUUCCUUGCAAGUGCUUUACUAGGUCAUCAAAACAGCAAACUGAGCAUUGGAGGUCUUUCCUGAUUCAAGAGUUGUUAAAAGAAGAUGUGAAAUAAUUAAAAUAUGUUUAUGUGCCAAUAUUUACAGAUUACGUUAAAUAAAUAGGGAAAAUGAUAGCCAUGAAUAAAACUUUACAGAAAAUGCAUGUGUUGAUAACCUCAUGUAAAUGGUACAUGAGAGGCACCCUGGGCCAAGAAUAGAAGAAAAAUCCUUUAGAUUUUUCAGUGUCUUGGAAUCAAGUGGAAUCAUAACAGCAAUAGAGCCCUAUAUAAGAUCAGGGCAAGGACAAGAACACAACAGCAAAGAGAUCUUUGGAGUAUCCAUCCUAUCUACACAUCAUCCAUAGCCAUCUGAGUGUGGUUUCAGCGGCUCAACUGCACUUGUACUGCCGGGUGUAUCUGAUGGGUUGGGGAUCAGCAGUGGUUGGAUUAGGAAAAGCAUUGGAAUCUUUUGAAUUCAGCAAAAGUUUGGAUGAAACUUGCGGCAGUCACUGCAGGACUGCUCUGCUUUAAAAGGAUUGUGUGCUCCAGAAGAGCUGUAAGCUGUGAGUGAGUAUUGGCCAGUUGUGUCUUGAGCUAAUGAAUGGUCACCACUGUUCCUUUUCACCACAAGGGAGGGAAGAUUGCUUUUUUCCUUAAAUGUAGGAAACAGCACUUCACCAGUCCAGGAAUGGGAGAAAAGGCAUUUCAUAUACCACUGUAGGAUAGGCUGGUAAACAAAAGUCACUGGAAACUCAUAUCCAUGGCAGACACUUUAAAAACAAGGUCAGUUGAACUUUCUAAAUAGUCUUUUUUGUCAAACAUAGAGAAGAUCUGUAGCGUUCUGUUGUCACACUGUAUUUUUGCUCUGUUCCCUAUUUUUGGUGUCCGGUACUGUGGUACAGGAGCAAAACAACGCAGCAGAUCCCAAUUACUGCAAGUGCAGAUCAGGUGUAUUUCAGAUUUAGUUUCUUGCUGUAAUUUAUAGUUCAAUAGUGAACUUGACUGGAAGUGUUUAAAGGUUACACCUGUCUAUAUACUAGGGGGGAUGGGGGGGAAAGCUUAGUUAAAUACCUUUGGAGAUAUUUCUAGAUUAAUCUCUGCCAAAGGAAUAGGAACUGUGACUAGCACUCAGAGGAACAAACCCCCAAUGCAAACAUCUUGAGAUGCCUGAAGUUAUUAGUAUAUGCAUUUUGGCCCUUCCUCCAGCUUUGCCGUUCUAUUGGCUAACAGCAGUGCACUCUAGGCCUCCUGCGCGCUAAUGCAGUAAUGCUUGGAGUAAAUAGGAGCUUGGCAGAUUGCUGGAGCAGUUUUCCUAAAGGUUCUGUUGGAGAAAAGGUAAAGGUAAAAGUAACUCCAGAAAUCCUAUUUUGAAGAGAAAUACUUAGCUUUUCCAAACUUUAGUUAAUAACAGGGUCUUGAUUUUUGUUUCUUCAGGGCUAAUGUGGAGUAGAAUAGGGACAAUAGCCUGUGCUACAGGCCUGUAACUGUACUGGAGGAAAACAUGAGUCAGCAAUGAUUAGUCCUUGUUAUUACCCUGUGUUGGUGUGGCCAAGUCUUCUCAGUGUUGGGUAGGGCAAGGUUUCUCCAUAACCCAGUUAUGCACAGGAGCUCUCAAGCAGUGAGCUUCUGGGUUCUCUCAUUUGUUUGACCUGUCACACUUGGGAAACAGGAGUAGCACUCCUUUCUUGCAUAAGGUCACAUAAGAAUAAAUCUGUAUUUAAGGUGAGCUGAUGGGAUCUAUAAAUCUCUUAGUGGUUACCUGUUAAGAAGAAUACAGCUAUUCAAAAUGUUUCUGUUGAGACUUGGAUGCAUACUUUUUUCUUGUAAACCAUGCUUCCUCUGCGUACACUUCUUCCUCCAAUCUGCAUGGAGGCAGCAGUGUGCUUGGGCACUUCCCCUUCAGUGUGGUGCCUGCCUCCUUCCAAGUGCCAGAAGAACAAGGCUGUGUGCCCUGCAAAGAAUGACUGCCUGCUGAUAAGAGAAAAGGUAAGGCAGAAAAAGCAAAGCUGUGUGCAUGAGCAUUUUCUUUGAAUUAAACUGAGGUAAACACAAGGCUCUCCAGUAAAUUUACUCUGCUGGUUGAGAACUGUACAAAAAAGAAACAAAUACCUCUUGCACUAGCCAGCCUGACACCUGUAGUGCUCCAUUGCCAGCUGUUGGGUUCUGCCUCCUACUCUUGCCUGCUUCUCCAAACUGUGGGGCAUACCUAUAAUACAUGCUUAAGAUGCUGAGGGUUAAAGCAGAUGGGAGAAGUUAUGACCUGACUCUAGAAAUGUAGUGUUCCUGUUUGAAUUAGUGAGCCUACAUUAGUAUUUUUCUAUUGCUAAACCAAAAAAAAAAAAA